UGGGUUGGGUACCAUAUAAAGGAAGUAGGAACAAGCGGUAGUGUUGCAGAGUUCCUCCUUUGUAGUUGGAGUGGAGUUACUGCUCUGUGAGAGGCAUCACUUUCCACCUUCUGUAAACCAUGGCUGAAGAUGAUAUUGCUGCGCUGGUGGUGGACAAUGGAUCUGGUAUGUGCAAGGCUGGGUUUGCGGGCGAUGAUGCCCCCAGAGCUGUGUUUCCCUCCAUUGUGGGGCGGCCUCGACACCAGGGUGUGAUGGUGGGAAUGGGUCAGAAAGACAGCUAUGUUGGUGAUGAAGCCCAGAGCAAGAGAGGCAUCCUGACCCUAAAAUACCCAAUUGAACACGGCAUUGUGACCAACUGGGAUGACAUGGAGAAGAUUUGGCAUCAUACCUUCUACAACGAGCUGCGAGUGGCCCCAGAGGAACACCCUGUCCUCCUCACAGAGGCUCCCCUCAAUCCCAAAGCCAACCGUGAGAAGAUGACCCAGAUCAUGUUCGAGACCUUCAACACUCCAGCCAUGUACGUUGCCAUCCAAGCUGUGCUGUCCCUGUACGCCUCUGGCCGUACCACUGGCAUUGUGCUAGAUUCUGGGGAUGGUGUGAGUCACACUGUGCCAAUCUAUGAAGGCUAUGCCUUGCCACAUGCCAUCCUGCGUCUGGACCUGGCUGGCCGGGAUCUCACUGACUACAUGAUGAAGAUCCUGACCGAGCGUGGGUACUCCUUCACAACCACAGCUGAGAGGGAGAUUGUCCGUGAUAUUAAGGAGAAGCUUGCUUAUGUGGCCCUAGAUUUUGAAUCUGAGAUGCAAACAGCCAGCUCAUCCUCGUCCUUGGAGAAAAGCUACGAGCUUCCUGAUGGCCAGGUAAUCACCAUUGGCAAUGAGCGUUUUAGGUGCCCAGAAACCCUCUUCCAACCCUCCUUCAUUGGGAUGGAAUCUUCCGGUAUUCAUGAGACCACUUUCAAUAGCAUAAUGAAAUGUGAUGUAGACAUCAGGAAGGAUCUGUAUGCCAACACGGUCAUGUCUGGUGGAACCACCAUGUUCCCAGGGAUUGCUGACCGAAUGCAGAAGGAAAUCACAGCCUUGGCUCCAAGCACCAUGAAGAUUAAGAUCAUUGCUCCACCAGAGAGGAAGUACUCAGUGUGGAUCGGAGGAUCCAUCCUGGCUUCUCUCUCUACCUUCCAGCAGAUGUGGAUCAGUAAGCAGGAGUAUGAUGAGUCUGGUCCCUCCAUUGUCCAUCGCAAGUGCUUCUAAUGGCAUCAUGUCAUGUGUACUUGCUGUGACCAUCAGCCUUGACCCACUUGCAGCUCCUGCCAAUCCUGCCUUUGAAUUAUUGCACACACCAUUAUUGCCCUCUAUCCCUUUUGCCAUCGGUUACUGUGACUCCAAAUUAGGACAAU